GUGUGAGGUCUAAGCGGCAAGCGAUUCAAAAGUGUUUUGCUUGCUCAACGGCGCGGUGCUACCUAAAAUCAAAUUCAAUUUCUAUAAAUAUUACCUAACGUCCUUAGUUAUUCAAUAUGAGAAUUCUAGCGGAGAACCAUGUCCAUCUUUUGGAUCCCUCGGAGCUGCUGCGGCCAGAGCCCACAUUUGCUGACAAGAAUCCCUCCAAGUUCCGCGACUACAGUGUGGACACCACAGAUCCCUUGAAGGAGCGCGUGCGUCAGACCUAUCGUCAGAUGCACUUGAAUCAGACCGUGGACUUUGUCAAGGGUCGCCGUGAUCGCUGGCUUAAAUUCAACACCAUUAAGAUGACGGUGCGUGAGGCUCUGGAGAAGCUAAACGAUCUGGUGGACGAGUCCGAUCCCGAUCUGGAUCUGCCCAACAUCAUUCACGCCUUCCAGGCUGCGGAGCGGGCAAGAGCUGAGUUCCCAGAGCACGACUGGCUCCAUUUGACGGCCCUUAUUCACGAUCUGGGUAAGAUCAUGGCCUUUUACGAUGAGCCACAGUGGGCUGUGGUGGGCGACACCUUCGCCGUGGGUUGCCGUUGGGGCGACAGUAUCGUCUAUCGGGAUGAGAGCUUCGAGGGUAAUCCCGAUGGGGAUAAUCCCGCCUACAAUACGGAGUACGGCAUCUAUGAGGCCAACUGUGGCGUGGAUAAUCUAUUGAUGUCCUGGGGCCACGAUGAGUACAUGUACAAUGUGCUGAAGCACAACAAGACCAAGCUGCCCCAUGUGGCCUGCAACAUCAUCCGCUUCCACUCCUUCUAUCCGUGGCACAAUGGCGGUGACUACAAGCACCUGGAGGCCGCCAAGGAUGAGGAGACCAAGAAGUGGGUCCUGAUCUUCAAUCGCUACGAUCUGUACACGAAGAGCGAGGUAGUUCCGGAUAUUGAUGCCUUGUGGCCUUAUUAUCAGACCUUGAUCGACAAGUAUCUGCCAGGAGUUAUUGAGUUCUAAGAGGAAGAAACUAAACCAUUAUCCUUAAUUUACUCAGAAGGACUAACCUAAGUUCCUUUACCUUAUACCAUAUAUAUAUAUAUAUACUUGUAACCUAAUUUACUACAAAUUUAUACUUGUUAUAUUACCAAUAUACAAAUUAUUUACAAAUACUAAA